AGUGACGUGCAGGAAACCGUUUCUUGCAUUUGAUAACGGACCGAAGCGCCGCGUAUACCUGCACGACCACGGCGUCCUAAAAACGCGCGUGUUCGUUAUCCAGCACACGCAACGUGGCGUGUGGGAUUGAACCUUCCGUGUGUGCCUUGUCGGUGCUGCCCGAAGGUCUGGGCCACUCCGAUGUCACAAGUGUCGUUUGUGUUUCGGCGGGCCGUGUGCGAUGCACGGGAGACGAGAGAAGUACGUGAUUAUAGGAUGUGGUUUAAGGGAAACGAGAAGAGAGGUGCCAUAUACUUAUAUCUACGCUGCAUAUGCUACGAACAGAUGUUUGUUGUUGUUGUGUUGAAGCAGUAGUGCGUUGUAGUGCAAGUAUAGCGAGUCGGUGUCUUCUCCGCUUGCAGUGAAAAUGAAUCCGGCCACUCGAACGCGCGAUUGUAUGCGCAAGUCGGCUGUCUUUUAUUGUUUUGUUUUUUAUUCACUGUGAAGUAACUGUUGUGACCCUUGCCGUUGGUACAAAGCUAACGUUGCCUCCAAAACCUGUGAACUGCAUGGGAAACAUAUUUUUUUCUCUCCUUGACAUUGCAAGGGCGUCAUUCUCGUUAAGGAAAGAUGUACUGUACACUGGGUGCGGUGUAUACAGUGUCACGGUGCGGAACACAACAAAUACAGUGUUUGCCUAAGUUUUCAGAACCACCGAACAAAGUGACAAGAGCGGUCGCAAAGCGAAGCUCAAGAGAUAGAAAUGAACACUUUGCCUGUAUACUUUCGGACCGUUGAAACCUGUCACUUUGCAGCCUACUAGGGUCAUCGGCACACUUCCCGGUGUGUCACUGCAUGCUUCUUUAGAAAGAAGCAUACAGUGAUUUGAAGUUUCAGGUGAAAGCUCUGCGUCUACUUCAAUGCUUCUUCCGCAGUCGUUCCUUAUCGGUUCACUGGUUGAAUCCAAAAGGUAUUGCGGUCGUAAUGGCUCGCAUGCGUGAUUCGUUAGUAUCGGUGAAUUUGUGCAGUGUUGUCAUUCAACUUUCAAUUGGACUCUAAGAGAAAUUCUAAAUCUGCAUAAACGUACUCUUUCGAAACUGCUUGGAAUUUGUUGGCUGAAAAAAAAAUUAUUAGCAGAGAGAACAGACCAGAAGUCUCCUUUUGAAUUUGCGGUAACGGCUCUUGUUCUUAUAUUUAGACGUUAUACUACAUGCAAAGGCCUGAAAUUUCGCCAUUCGUAGUCUGUGCAUCUACGUUCAAUUUGAAUGAAUCUUCCUUUGUUGAGAAACGCAUUACUGGCACCGAGCAGGUGGCGUCGCUACCCGUAGUUCGUUCUUGGACCUUUUCUAUGCUUACGAUCGGGACGCCUCUGAUCACGGCAUGAAUGGCCUCUUCAGUAUACCAGAUGGAUACAGGGUGCCAAUCCUAUGGAUACCCGAGUCAUACGGAUACAGGGUACAUUUCAGAUGAGUGCAAGAGUACUAAUGGGAUACUUCUCUUUGGUGUCCCUUGACUAUCAGCCUACGCCAACACACUACCUGUAUCAGCCGAGAUGGCGUAUAGCGGCUUUGGUGUUGCGCUGCUAAGCCCUUGGGCGCGGGUUCAAAUCCCAGCCUUUUCGGCCGCGUUUCGAUGGGGGCGAAAUGCAAGAACACCCGUGUGCCGUGCAUUGGGUGCGCGUGAAAAAACCCCAAGUGGUCAAAGUUAAUCCGUAGUCCUCCACUGCGACGUGCCUCACAAUCAUAUCGUGGUUUUGGCACAUACAACACCAUAUUUUUUUUUUUACACACUACCUGCAACGCGAGCGUACGUCUUAACCUUGACAAUCUGACAACGGCGGUGCUGUCGAAGCUUAUGACCAACUGAGAAGCUAUGUUUACGUUACUACACAGGCGUAUUGUAUGAAAUGAAAAACUGCACGUGCAGCAACAGGGGCCUGACCAUCGUUACUGUUUCUAUCGAGACAGCACUCGGUCACUGCCGUCAUGAUUGCCUGUUGAAUCCGUUGUAAUAGUAGAAAAUGUAUGUUUGCCAAACAAACUAUCAGUUCAGUUCAUAAGCGACUGUUGUGCCAUUGCUCACAAGCGCCUGCGGGAUUUAUACGGUUAACUGACCGGCGUAGUAUAAAGCUUAUCGAGCUCGUAUUGUAAUGGGCAUGUUGUGUAGCGCAGCAAACACAAGGACGCGAGUAGAAACGAAACGUGGAGCACAAGCGCUUGCGUCUGUGUUUCGUUUCUUCUUGUGUCCUUGUGUUUGCUGUGCUACGUUGCAUGCCAUUCUACGGCGAUCAACCAACAAGCCCACAUCCUACGCCUCCGCCAACACGCCUACGCCUACGCCAUUGUAAUAUAGCGACAUUGCGCGUUUUCUUCUAGCAAAACAAAAGCAGUAUUUUUUCAUUGAGCUUUUGAGCCCGAAGCGGUGUAUGGUCGCGACAACUUCCUGAAUGUCUUCUCUGACUUGUACAAGAGUGUGUACCUUGUAUCUGCUCUCUUGAGUAAGCGCAUGUAUACGGCUUCUUCAGCUGUGUACAAUAUACUCGUAUACAGACUGUUGUGUUGCUGUGAAUAUAUCUUUUCUGAGUAUCCGGCUGCGGAUGCCCGAGUUGCUUCCGGGUCUUACGCCUACACAUGUAAGACUUGUUUCACAUGUCUUUGAAUGAAGCAAGGAAGAGAGAGAGAGAGAGAGCUAACUUAUAUCCGGCUAGCGGGUGGCUGUGACAAGUACUAUGAGGAGGGGAGAAAUGAUGUGUUGAUGUUAUUGACUUUGGUCACCAAGUAUGUGUCCAAUAUUGUUCAAUUCUCCAGGACGGAUUCGCCACUGUGACGCAAGGGUUAUGACGCCUAGACUGUAUUUAAAUACGUGUGGUGCUUCUCUUUGCCCAUGCACCUCUCAUCAGCAUUCUUCCCUCGACAAGCGUCAUACAUCGACAUCGUCGUCAUGACACUGAACAGCUGACAGCUGCAGGCGACGAGACUGCGAUAUCAUGUGCUACUGCUGCUACCUCACUAAGCUCAAACUAACUUCAUUUAAAUUCCAAUGUUGUCAUGAGUGUGCGCGGACUUCUUUCUCUACAUUUCUUUCUUUUGGCACUCGCGUAUAAAAACAAAGAAAUAAACAAACAGACAAACCGAAGCAUUACUCUUAGGUGAUAUUUAGAAACACUAUCAAAACUUAUACCAACAUAAAUAUAAGGGCUGCCUUAGACAAUAACGAAUGGUGACUGACCACGUUACGUGAGCGUGCUUGCUCUAGUACCUUACGAAGAUAAGCGAUGUGCUUCAAUGAAAAAAAGAACAGAAAAGGCUGUGACUUCAAGACUGAUCAUAACAGCGCAUCAUAGCUCCUGACGUCACCUGUCUUUCAGAAGUAUUGCUCUCUUUCGCCAGCUGUCUGACAUUCGAUGACUUCUCGGCACGGCGCUAUGGGAAACAAAAUUUCGUACUGCAGUAUUUAAGGCUAUAUUAUUUUUAGUGGACGUAUCCUGACGCACGCUGGGGCGGAUACAUAAGCAUUGAUUAGGACACAGAGAAGUUGAAACAAAUAGAAAAAGAAAUGAUGAAGUUGAAACGGGCUGUAUUUCUUUAAACAAGCCGUGAAAUAGUAUAUGUGGCUCAACAGUGCCGUCUUCUACAUAAGUGCAUGCUUAAUACGUCUCUGCUCUGCAGGGAGCGUUAAUAGAAUGCGCCUCCUUCCGCUCUGCCAGAUGGCUUUGAUGAUCAUCACUAUGGAUGUUCCGCCAGGCGAAGAUGAACACGUCGUUGAAGGUGAUCAAUUGCAAGUACUGCUGCACGUAUCGGAACAGAAACUUUUGUGUUCAUUACUUCUCUGCUGGCUUUAACCAGCUCGUGAUAACUCACUAAAUGAACUUUGAAUGGUGAAGUAUUCAUUCAAAAGCACUUUAUUAAUUUUUGCGGAAGAAGGUUGGUUACUAAUGGAGAAAAUAAAUCCAAACUUCUUUCUCUGUUUUUUUUUUCUCAAAUUUCGCGCAGAAACUUUUACGGCAUUGCGUCUAUGUGACAUCGCGGUUUCAAUAUUUUCUCUUUCUUGGGCCUCUCUGGUUCGAGAAGAGUUCUGGAACGCCGUUGGUAUGAAUCUUUUGUUCUUUUUAGGAUGCAGCACGGUGCACUUUCUUUACCGAUACUCGGAAGAUGCGAAAAUCCAUGACGUCGUGACGAGCUGGUUGCGGGAACUUUAGUGUAGCGCCACCACCUCCGUCUACAGAUUUUUACGUGUUUCGUGCCUUUAAAAGCUUCCUCUCAUGGAAAUUAGUGUGGCUGUUUUGCUAUUGUGUGAGGAUGAAGAGACAUAGGAAAGGUCGGGCUGUCAACCAGACUCGCGUACAGUUUGCUACCCUACACAGAGGAAAGGGGUGUUAAGGGAUGAAAACAAAUUGGAGGGAGGGAAGUAUUGUCAAAACGAACACAUGGGGCUCCCUAUCACGUACACAUCUGGUCACCAAGGCCGGUCGGUUUGGUAAAGUGAAGUAAGCGGCUCAUGGGGUAAUACUCGCUCAACGUAUCGAUCCCUAGCACAGAGUAUAAACACAUGAAGCAGGUAAACAGUAAAAAGGAAAGUCAAGCGUCAGAGAUCGCGCGUCUCUGUCUGCAUCCUUGUUCUUGUUCCCCUGUUUCGCGUUCUUCUACUUUGCGCCAGAAACCGAUGUGUUUAGUCAGCCCAAGCACCAACUUCCCCAUGAGCAAGUUCUUUUAGAGUAUCAUGGGGUCAUAGUCUUAAGAAUUUUGUCUAGGAAAAUGGUAUACGAUCUAGCCCGUUGACGCAUGCAGUCCUACGAAUGUCGCGUUCGGCAGAAACGCACUUUACUGACGCAGCUUAUUUUAAUAUUCUUCGUUUACCCGCCGCGAUCACUUAGCGGCUAUGGUGUUGCGCUGCUAAGCACGAGCCUGCGGGCUUGAAUCGCGGCCGCGGCGGACGCAUUUCGAUGGGGGCGAAAUGCAAGAACGCCCGUCUCCCGUGCAUUGGGGUCACGUUAAAGAUCCCCUGGUUGUCAAAAUCAGUCCGGAGGGCUCCACUACGGCGUUCCUCGUAAUCAAAUCGUGGUUCUAGCACGUAAAACCCUAGAAUUCAUUCAUUCAACGUUAUUCGUUUAGUGUCCCUUCAAUGGAGUUCUUGGUUCGUUGUGUGCUUAAAAAUUUGCUUGCACGAACUCCAUAUUGUCGAUUAGGCCACUUUUAUACGCUUACGGCUAAACGAGGCAUAGACAGAGGAAAAAAGACAGAAGCGGAGUCAGUACGUGAUAAGAGACGGAAUUACUAACAAUAACGACUGUGAAAUCCGACAGCGAGAUGUGGUUGCGAAACGCUUCAAGCGGGCCUCGCAGAAGCUCGCAAACCGUCUAAUACUUCGGCAGCAACACAAACGACUUCGGUUAGGUUUUUGUUGUGUGCGACAAGGGCUUUUAUUGCUUUUUUUUUCUCUUUCUUUUUGUCUCUGUGUCGAUUGCUUGUCGCCAGGCGUCAAAAAUACUAUCAAAGCGUUGUCAUAUUGCAACGUUGCUUCCGCGCUAGCAAUCAUCUUUCUUUCUUUCCUUCUUUCCUUCUUUCAAGGUUAAUAAUAAUAUUUGGGGUUUUACGUGCCAAAACCACUUUCUGAUUAUGAGGCACGCCGUAGUGGAGGACUCCGGAAAUUUUGACCACCUGGGGUUCUUUAACGUGCACCUAAAUCUAAGCACACAGGUGUUUUCGCAUUUCGCCCCCAUCGAAAUGCGGCCGCCGUGGCCGGGAUUCGAUCCCGCGAUUCUUUCAAGGAAGCGCUGUAAGUGUUUUGCUGGUUGGUAACCAGUGGGCGCGUGCGGCGACGCUUCUAUUGCGCUUUUCAUGCUAACGCAGCCUGCUCGUGCGGGCAUAUAUGCACGCAGAACAGCUCUGCCGGCAAGUCGCACAUGCGGGCUUGCGCCACCGGAAAGCGAAAACAAAUCGAAUAAAGAACAAAAGCAUUUGCGAGUCACUGUUUCCUGCUCGUCAGCGAGGCUUGAGCGCGCAGUACACACGCUGUGCGACGUGCCUGCCUCACCUCGACGUCGCCGCAAACGCCGACCACACGCUUGCAGCUGUUCGCGUCUCUUCAUUGAAAAUGGCCGCGGACCAGUGUGUGUGUUCCUGCAGAGAAAAAUUUCCGUCGUCACUGACGUGCUUGUGAGAGAGGAACUGUGUCUUCCUCGGAUUCUACCGUGAUUCUCAGUGCCGGGUGAUAAACAUCUUUCGAGGGGGGGCACCUUGCAGCCGAAGGAGCGAGGAGAAGCUGCGAAGGCACGAUGGACUCGCCAAGGAGCUGGGCGGUCGCCGCGGCGUGCUGCUGGAUAAACGUGUUCACUUUCGCCCUGGUCCGUUCGGCUGCCGUGGUGUACGUGGCGCUGCUGCGGGCUUUUCCGGUGACCAGGGAGCAGGCGUCCUGGCCCGUCAACCUGUCCGUCGUCUGCUACUUCCUUACAGGUCCUAUCGCUGGCGUGCUCGCGAGGUACAUCCCCAUUUGGAAGCUGACGGUGAUAGGAUGCCUCGGUGGUUCGCUGGCCGUAUGCGUUUGCGUGUUCGCACAGUCGAUGAUCUUCCUGGACAUCUUCCUUGGCGUCACCCACGGGACGUGCAUCGGCCUGCUGGCUCUCUUCAGCGUCGUGAUCAACCAGCACUUCCACAAGUACCGCGCCAUGGCGUCCGGAAUCAGCAACGCGGGCUUCACAAUCGGAGGUCUCAUCUUUCCUCCCGUCAUACAGUCGCUCGCAGACUAUUACGGCAUUCGCGGUGCUCUUCUACUCGUCGGCGCCCUCAUGCUGAACUCGGUGGCAGGAGCUUUUCUGCAGCGCACUACGCCGAAAGAGCAACCGGAACCUCCACUCAGGGGCGAUGACGCGCCCAGCACCGGCGAUACGGAGCAAUGUCCAGAUGAAGAAGACGCCAUGAUAAAAAGGCGCGAGGAAUUCGAGGAUAAUAGCUUCCGCGGGAACGUUGCAGCGGUCACCGGAACUGAGUUUUCUGAUGCAAUGGAUGAGCCUGGAACAGACGGAGCUGGCGAAGCCAACGGAGUUCAUUUCCAAAUCAAGAGUUCAGGGACGAAAGGACACGAAGUGGACAGUGAUGAGGAAGAUGAUGACAGCGCGAAAUUGUGGGUGCUGGUUGCCCAAGGUUCCACCCAGCCAAAAGCUGUUAAGAAUCUUACGCCGGGAGUUGCAAUAAAGAAGGGCGCACCAAGUAGCAAGAAUAGUCCGCUGCUAUCGUUCUUACUGUUUCCAGCGUUCUAUCUGAUCUCAUUUUCGUUGUCGGUAAUAGCGUUCAAUAUGAGCACAUACAUGACCGUCAUUGUCGACUUUGCUGUGGACCGUGGCGUUUCCAAGUGGAACGCCGUGUACCUGAUAUUUGCCUACGCCGUAGCUGAUCUGCUGGCCAGACUUGGCUCCGGCUGGAUUACGGACAGAAAGUACCUACUGAAGAGCACCAUGAUGGGCUCGCACUUUGUGCUGUGGGGCGCCUCGCUCUACGUGAUGCCGUUAUGUAGCCAGUACUACUGUCACGUUUCCCUGUCCAUACUGUCCGGUUGGUGCAACGGCUCGACACUAAUACUCAUUGCGGUGUUCUUCAUGGAAUUAGUGGGCAUCGACAAACUGGGCGUCUGCUUCGGCAUCGCGACAACGUUCACAGGGCUCCUGGGCCUCGCGAGACCACCGCUUAUAGGUUUAUACAGAGACGCCCACGGAGACUACGAAGGCCUUUUCGGCCUCAUCGGCGGCGUGUCGUUGGGCAUGUCCCUACUGUGGCUGUGCUAUUACGUGCAAGAACGGUGCGCGUCACAUAGAAAGCGAGAACCUUCAUCGCGGACUUGGCCAAAGCUGGCAGCGAUCUUCACAUCGGAGGAAAAGAGCUGGAGUUAGGGCGAAUGUGAUUCGCCAGCCACCUUCAUUUCUUCUCUCGCGUUUCACCGGUGAAAAAGAGUGCAUCAUCGUAAAUAUCUUCACGUCCGCCAGUUAAUUGUCUUUGCGACGUUGCGCCCUAAUGGCACAUUUGAGUGGUCGUCUUAGAGCGCACUGGUAAACGCUACAUAGGUCGUUCAAGGCAAUGAAUAUGCGUUACUGCUACCAUAAGGCAGAGAGAGAGGGACAGAUAAUAAUAAAGCUUAAUUAUUGCUAUUA